AUGUCCUCUUCCACUGGUUUUGACGACAAGACAGGGUCAUCGCAACUCAAAUCAAGAGUAAAUAAAAAAGCAAAUGCUGAACAAAUAGUAGCCGAAGAAGCUGAAGACGUCUCAAAGACUGCUAAGGGCGUACACAGGGCUCAAAACCCACUGCUGAAGGUAGAGGCUUUUGCCAUGCCAGUAGUUUUCACCCUGAUCGCUCUGUUCAUCAGAAUGUACAAGAUCGGGGCUAACAGCCACGUCGUGUGGGAUGAAGCCCAUUUCGGUAAGUUCGGUUCCUACUAUCUAAGACACGAAUUCUACCACGAUGUCCAUCCUCCUCUGGGGAAGAUGCUCGUGGGUCUGUCCGGUUACUUGGCCGGCUACAACGGUUCAUGGGAUUUCCCAUCUGGUGAAGCGUACCCAGAUUACAUCGAUUACGUUAAGAUGAGAAUCUUCAAUGCCUCAUUCUCCGCCUUGUGUGUCCCUGUAGCUUAUUUCACCGCUAAAGCCAUCGGCUUCCAAUUACCAACUGUCUGGUUAUUCACAUGCUUGGUGCUUUUCGAAAACUCUUACGCUACUCUAGGUAGAUUCAUCCUAUUGGACUCCAUGCUUCUAUUCUUCACCGUCCUGUCCUUCUACUGUUUUGUUAUGUUCCACAACCAAAGAUCAAAGCCUUUCUCCAGAAAAUGGUGGAAAUGGUUAGGUUUGACCGGUCUAAGUUUAGGUUGCGCCAUUUCCGUGAAGAUGGUUGGUCUAUUCGUCAUUACUUUGGUAGGUAUAUACACCGUCAUUGAUCUAUGGUGCUUCCUUGCUGACAAGAAGAUGUCAUGGAAGACCUAUAUCAACCACUGGUUGGCUAGAGUUGUCUGCUUGAUCGUGUUCCCAUUCCUAGUCUUCUUGCUAUGCUUCAAGAUUCAUUUCAUUCUAUUGUCUCAUUCCGGUACUGGUGACUCCAACAUGCCUUCUUUAUUCCAAGCUGGUCUAGAAGGCUCCGAUGUCGGCAUGGGUCCUCGUGACGUCGCUAUCGGUUCUUCUACCUUCUCCAUUAAAAACCAAGCCCUGGGUGGUGCUCUGUUGCAUUCUCAUAUUCAAACAUACCCUGAAGGUUCCCAACAACAACAGAUUACAUGUUACGGUUUCAGUGAUGCUAACAACGACUGGUUCCUGGACUACGCCAGAGGUGAAACUCCAUUUGACCCAGAAAAUAACGAUACCGCCAUUGAUUUUGUUAGAGAUAACGGGGUUUAUAGAUUAGUCCAUAAGAGUACCGGUAGAAACUUACACUCUCACCCAAUUGCUGCCCCUGUCUCUAAGACUGAAUGGGAAGUCUCUUGUUACGGUAACAAGGACCAAGGUGACUUCCAGGAUAACUGGAUCAUCGAGAUUGCUGACCAAAGAGGUGAUGAGGAUAAGACCAUGUUGCAUCCAUUGACUUCUUCUUUCCGUAUUAAAAAUGCUCAAUUAGGAUGUUAUCUGGCCCAAACUGGUGUCAACUUGCCAGAAUGGGGGUUCAGACAAAGUGAAGUUGCUUGUGUUAAGAAUCCUUUCAGAAGAGAUAAGAGAACUUGGUGGAAUAUCGAAACUCAUGACAAUGAAAAAUUGCCUUCAAGACCAGAAAAUUUCAAAUAUCCAAAGACUAACUUCAUUAAGGACUUCGUCCAUUUGAACUUGGCGAUGAUGGCUACUAACAACGCUUUGAUUCCAGAUCAAGAAAAGCACGAUUCCUUGGCUUCCUCUGCUUGGGAAUGGCCAACUCUUCACAUCGGUCUAAGAUUGAACGGUUGGAACGAUGAAUCCAUCAAAUAUUACUUGAUUGGUACCCCAACUUCUACUUGGGCUUCUACCAUUGCUGUUUUGUCCUGUAUCUUAGCCGUCGCUGUCCUAUUUUUCAGAUGGGAAAGACAAUUACCAAACUUUGCCUCCAGUGAAACCUUGAAUGUCUUCAUGAUGGGUGUCUUCUACCCAUUGUUAGGUUGGGGUCUACAUUUCAUGCCAUUUGUUAUCAUGUCCAGAGUCACAUACGUCCAUCAUUACUUACCAGCAUUAUACUUUGCUCUAAUUAUCCUUGCUUACUGUUUCGAUGUCCUAUUGAGACAAACUUGCCUGGAAACAAAAUGUCCAAAAAGUGGUAAAUUUAUUAAAUGGGGUCUAUUCUCUCUAUUCUUCGUAGGUAACAUUGCAUGUUUCAUUCUAUUCUCUCCAAUUUCAUUCGGUAUGGACCAACAUGUCGUCAAGUACGAAUACUUGGACUGGUUAAAGACAUGGACCAUUACUAACCGUCAUUGA